AGGUGCAGAGAGUUUUCAUCAGACUUUGCACACACGCUCAUUGUUUGGUGGCAACAAGGUCUAGAACCUUGAAACCACCCAGGCCUUCGGAAGUGCCACCUCCCUGCAGAACGUUGGGCAAGCUAUCGUUAUUCUUGUCAGCCUGAUGGGUUGCUGCAGCCUCCUCCGUCCCCUACUCAGGUCGCUUCCACUCCAUCAGCCACCUCCUGCAACUCCCAGAGGCCGCAUCCCAGAAGGAGGUCAUCCUCUGCAUUGUGAAGGCUGCUCGCAGCCAGCCAGCUGCCGUGAUACCAGUUCUCGUGGUGAUGCUGCAGCAGGACGAGGCUUCUGCCUGGCAGAAGGUGGCCAUCUAUCGCAGUCUGCAGGCCAUGAUGGAGCAUGGCCUGGAGGUGGAGCCCGCCAGCCAAUUCAUCCUUGCGGCCUCCAAGCACCUGAGGGCAUCCCCAGAUCAGGAAGUGCCCCGAGAGCUUCAGGCAGCAGCAAGCAGCACCCUGGCCACCUUUGCCUGCCAUCACUUCCACCCCAUAAUGAUGGAGCUCCAGCACCAGCUCAAGCCGUUUGCCCCGCCUGAUGAGUUCACUCUUCUGACCCUGGGGAAGAUCGCAGCCAACAAUGUGUACAGCUGUGUCCCUUUCCUGGGCAUCACCCUAACCACCCUCCAGACCGCCAUGCGCCGGAUCGAGGAUGGACGGAGGCGCAGGGCUCUCUGCACAGCUCUGGAGCAGAUGUGUGGGGCAAUCCGGAUAUACCUGCGGACCUGGGAACGAAGCUCUUACCCCCGCAUCAGCGUCCAGCAGUUCUCUGCCUACCUGCUGCCUCUCUACUCCUGCAUGACCCGAACUUGGCUCCCUGGAUGCGAUGCACAGGUCCAGCUGGCAGUCUUGAAGACUCUGAGCCCCAUCCUGCGACUCCUGCUGCCCAGGACAGACUUCCAAGCUCAGAUCUACAGCGACAUCUCUCUGCUCCUAGCCCAGUAUGAUAGCAGCACGGAGACCUUCCUCGUUACCAAGAUCCUGGGCCAGAUCCUGGAAGCGUCUCUUGUGAACAACAACCCAAUCCCAAGGGAGCAUGUGGGGCCCCUCACCUGCGCUCUGGUUCGCCAGAUCUGCAUCAGGGGACAGAAAUGGCCGCCUCACCCACAAUGUGAGGAGAACUUCAAAGAGAUCGCUCACAUCUUCCUGCGCCUGGCCCGUCUGCACCCCUCUGGGCUGAUGGGGGUCUUCCAGGGGAAGGUGGAAGAGCGCCAAGAAGACGUCUGUGCGGUGCUCCUGGCGUUGUUCUCUGAAAUUGUCGGUGCCCAGUUGCCUGAGCUCUGGAGCAGGAGGCAGCUGUGCGUGAGGGUAGUCAAGGCCGCUCUGGGUGACGACAGCACCAGGGUCCGCCUGGCCACGCUCCGGGCCAUUGGGAGGCUGCUGCGCACCAGCUACCUGGAGAGAAUCGAAGGCUGGCCUCUGAACUACGUCUCCCUGCAGAUGGCUGUGUCUGCCCACCAGCUGACGCACCCCACACUGAGCCUCCCCUUGGGCGGCUUGGAGGAGAAGGCCAUUGGAAUUGCCAGCGCAGAGGUCCUCCACAUCGCUGUGGCUUCGGGAAGGGGCACCAGCCAGGAAUUGUGGACCAAGUUGCUGAGCUACCUCAUGCAGCCCCCCUACAUGGCUUUAGUCACCCCCCUCUGCCACGCCUUGAGACUGCUGGCAGAGCAGCGACUACGUCGGGUGGGCCACCAGCAGAAUGGCCUGGGGACAGGGGGUUUACCAACUCCACAAGAAUUGAUGGCGCGGCUCCUGGCCCUCGCUGUCUCCCCCUUGGAAGGGACCGGCCGAGGAGCUGCCGUGCUGCUCCUGAUGAACGCCCUACGUCCAGAGGCCUACAGGGAUGUGGGGGAGCACUGGUGGGUGGAGAUACCUGCCCUGGUCCGCUACCUGGAAGGCCACAGCAAGUACACACUCGAGCCCGCAGCCUGGGAAGCCAAACUCUUGGAGUUCCUGCAGAAGUCCUUACGGAGGAGCGAAGCGGGAGGCUGGAACCUGGUGCUGGGGAAGGAACUCGCCAAGCAGCUGAACACCUACCACAACUCCUCUGCGGAGAAAGGCUUCCUCUACAAGGCCUUGGGGAUGGCACUGUCUGCCGCAAGGGACGCAGAUGGGGUGGCGCAGACACUUCUGGAUCUGCUGCUGCACACAGAUUACACGGAGGAAGCCCAGCGGAAGGCAAGCCCUGCUACUUGGGAGGGGGGUCGUACGCCCUGCAUUAACCUGCUUCCCUCCCCCACCCCCACCAAAUGUACCCAUGCAAGAUAUCAUCACCAAAUUUGGCACAACGGUUCCAGAGAUCAAGCUGUGAUUCCUGCCUUGCAGGGGAUUGGACUUGACGAUCCUCGGGGUGAAUCGAAACUAAAUAAAACCCCACAGGUGUGCAUCUGA